AUAUUUCCUGAUAUAAUGACUUGUCAUCAUAGAUCUUGUGUGGAUUGCUUACGACAAUAUCUAAGGAUAGAAAUUUCUGAAAGUAGAGUAGAUAUCAGUUUCCCAGAAUGUUCUAAACGGUUUAAUUCCCAUGAUAUUUGCUUGAUAUUAAGUGAUGUUCUUGAUGGAAAAAUAGAAGAAUUUAUGCUUAGAUGAUGGCUUAUUGCAGAUCCUGAUUGUAGAUGGUGUCCAGCUCCAGAUUGUGGAUAUGCUGUGAUAGCAAUUGGAUGUACCAGCUGUCCAAAGUUAACUUGCGGGUGAGAGGGCUGUGGAACGGAGUUUAGCUACCACUGUAAACAGAUUUGGCACCCCAACCAGACCUGUGAUGCCGCUCAGCAAGAAAGAGCCCAGAGUUUAUAUUUGAGAAGUAUACGUUCUUCAUCCAUUAGUUAUAGUCAAGAAUCUGGAGCAGCAGCUGAUGAUAUAAAGCCAUGUCCACGAUGCACUGCUUAUAUAAUAAAGAUGAAUGAUGGGAGCUGCAAUCACAUGAUGACAUGUGCUGUUUGUGGUUGUGAGUUUUGUUGGUUGUGUAUGAAAGAAAUCUCAGAUUUACGUUAUCUAAGUCCAUCAGGGUGUACUUUUUGGGGAAAGAAACGUUGGAGCCGAAAGAAGAAAAUAUUGUGGCAGUUGGGAACACUGGUUGGUGCUCCUGUAGGAAUUGCUUUUAUAGCGGGCAUUCCUAUUCCUGCAGUGAUUAUUGGCAUUCCUGUGUAUGUGGGCCACAAGAUUCACAAUCAAUAUGAAGGCAAGGCUGUUUCAAAGCACAAACGGAAUUUGGCCAUAGCAGGUGGUGUAACGUUGUCUGUAAUUGUAUCUCCAGUAGUAGCUGCAGUGACUGUAGGUAUUGGUGUUCCUAUUAUGUUAGCUUAUGUCUAUGGCGUUGUUCCAAUUUCUCUCUUUUGAAGUGGAGGCUGUGGAGUCUCAGAAGGCAAUGGAAAAGGAGUCAGGAUUGAAUUUGAUGAUGAAAAUGAUAUAAAUGUUGGUGGAACUAACACAGCUAUAGACACAACAUCAGUAGCAGAAGCAAGACACAAUCCUAGCAUAGGGAAAGGAAGUGUUGGUGGCCUGACUGGCAGUUUGAGUGCAAGUGGAAGCCACAUGGAUCAAAUAGGAGCCAUUUGAGACAACCUGAGUGAAAAGGCUAGCACCAUGGCACUGGCUGGGGCCAGUAUAACGGGGAGUCUGUCAGGAAGUGCCAUGGUUAAUUGUUUUAACAGGUUGGAAGUACAAGCAGAUGUACAGAAAGAAUAGUACAGUCUAAGUGGAGAAUCUGGCACCGUCAGCUUGGGAACAGUUAGUGAUAAUGCCAUCACCAAAGCAAUGGCAGUAUCCCUUCUCAACUCAUACAUCCCCUUGGACAAAGAAGGCAACAGUAUGGAGGUACAAGUGGAUAUUGAAUCAAAACCAUCCAAAUUUAGGCACAACAGUGGAAGCAGUAGUGUGGAUGACGGCAGUGCCACCCAUCACACUGGUGGUUCAUCCUGUGGUUUGCCUGAAGGUAAAUCUAGUGCCACCAAGUGGUCCAAAGAAGCAACAGCAGGAAAAAAAUCAAAAAGUGGUAAAUUGCGGAAAAAAGGUAACAUGAAGAUAAAUGAGACCAGAGAGGACAUGGAUGCACAGUUGUUGGAACAACAAAGCACGAACUCAAGUGAAUUUGAGGCUCCAUCCCUCAGUGACAGUAUGCCAUCUGUAGCAGAUUCCCACUCUAGUCAUUUUUCUGAAUUUAGUUGUUCUGACCUAGAAAGCAUGAAAACUUCUUGUAGUCAUGGUUCCAGUGAUUAUCAUGCUCGCUUUGCUACUGUUAAUAUUCUUCCUGAGGUAGAAAACGACCGUCUGGAAAAUUCCCCACAUCAGUGUAGCAUUUCUGUGCUUACUCAAACUGCUUCAUGUUCAGAAGUUCCACAGUUGAAUCAUAUUGCUGAAGAACAUGGUAACAGUGGAAUAAAGCCUAAUGUUGAUUUGUAUUUUGGUGAUGCACUAAAAGAAACAAAUAACAACCAUUCACAUCAGACAAUGGAAUUAAAAGUUGCAAUUCAGACGGAAAUUUAGGUCCCUAAAUGCUGCAAAAUAAUUACCACUGAACAACCUUGUGUAGAGCUGGUUGAACUACUUGUGACCACUUUAACUUUCAAGUUACCAGCAAAAGCCGGGUUUCAUAAUCAUAAUGCAGAUACAUUUUCUGUGUUCAGCAAAGCAUUGUGUUUCAUGUGGAUCUUAAUUACCAAACUAUGAAAUAAAGGCUUUAAAAGUGCAUUAUUGUAAGGAUAAUAAAUCUUCAGAACAAAGCAUGUUUUGUGUGCCACAAAACAUUGCUUAAAGCAAAUACUUGUAUAUUUAGAUAGAAAUUGGGCUUAAUUUAUAAUCAACAUAAAAUACUAAUGCAGUUCUACAGCAUUCAAAUGAGGAAAACUUGAGACCUAGGGUUAAGUGGUUAGUGAUAUUUUAUUGAAACCACUAAGGAAUACUGUUUAAAAGAACUUUGCAGGUUACUCUCAGUAUAUGAUACUCUUUGUAACAUUUCUAUUUAUAUCUGGGCAUAAAUUUCAUUUUUUUCUUCAUAUGCAAUGUUGAAUAUAUAAAGCUUGAUGCAGCCUAUUUGCUACCAUUUGGAUACUUAGACACUUUGAGCAAGAUUAUGGCAGUUUUUGCACAACUUUGAAAUAGAAAUACCUGGUACUCUAUAUAUCUUGUAUAUCGAUGCCAUCUUAGGAGAAAAUUGUAAAGGUAAGUAAUUAAGUAUACUGACAGCAACAAGUAAGAUAUAUAAAACUACAAAACAAAAUCCCAUUAGGUUAUAAGUAUUACAAAAAAGUCACCUUUUUUUAAGGGGAAAUUUGCACCCCAUUGAUCUUGGUGCCUUUGGGAUAGACUGGGUUUUAAGGGCCUAGUAAUUUGAGGAUAUCACUGUAUUGUUUUCCAUAAUGUCUUCUCUAGUCACCUUGAAUUAUAUAGAAAAAUACAGGAAAUAGAUAAACAUGAAUGUGAUUAAUAACAGUGCUGAAAAAGUAUUAGCCUACCAAAGACACACUCAGGCUUUAGUGAAUAACUUUAUAUAACCUCAAUUUUUAACACAUGUAUCUUCUCCAACCAUGAAAUCAAAGCAUGGUGCAGAGCUUGUACCAUGUAGAAAAGGUCCAUGUAUGGUUGACUUUAUUUUAUGUUGCUUUUGUUUAUGGAAGAUGUUCAGCUGACAUAAGCAGAAGUUGGCCAAAAUACUGCCUGUACUGUUAACUUCCUGUAUAAUUCACUUAAAUAAAGCAGGUUAACCUCAAUGAUAGCAGUUAAAAUGUUUUAUCUUAUGUGUUUCCUUUAAGUAUUACCAUUAUGGUGCUACCGAGCAUUUUCUUUUGAUAAAAAGAAAAAUGUCAUGGGCUGCAGUCUUCUUCCAUCACUUUUUCUCACCAGGUCCAUUAAUAUGCUUAUAACACUAGUGCCAUUUAUUUUAUUUGAUAAUGCUUAUUAUGGUAUUUGUAUAUUUGUUUGCAUUCCAGUUUUGUUCGAUAAUGAGUGUGUAAACUGCAUACGUGAAAUAAAUGUAAAUACUAAUGUGUUGCU